AUGAGGUCCCAUAUCUGGAGUUUAGGCAUCCUGGUUCUAAUACUCUUGGUGACCACAGAAGGAGGAAGAAACAAGUGUGGAAAGAGAAGAAGGAGCUGUAGGCCGCUAGUGUUUCCUGACACCAUCCGCAGCAACUGUAGGCCUCCGUUCAGAUGUGGUGACGAGUGCCACUAUGAGUGUGUCCGCGGAUGUGUGAGGGAGCGGGGAGCCACCGUCAGGACGUGUAAAUUCGGCCGCUACUGGGCUGGCGGGAGAGGACUGAAGUGUUCAUGUAGACCCUGCGGUGCCCCGCCCGUGAUCACGAACACCAACAUUGGAGGCAGCGGCUGCUCGGCACCGUUCACAGCAGGGACCGUCUGUACCUACCAGUGUGACAACGGGUACCGCAAAGUGGGAGGGACGGAAACAAAGAUGUGUGUGGACGGUCGAUGGAGAGGUACUAGCCUGGACUGUGACGCGGUCGAAUGUCCGGCUCGGGCGGCCCCAGCUAACGGAGCGGUGAGUCCUACCGGAGCGGUCUCCUACCCGAACUCGGUCACCUUCACGUGUAACACGGGAUACGUACUGAACGGCGCUGCUACUCCGACCUGCCAAGCUGACGGAACAUGGAGUAACCCUGCUCCAACAUGCACACCGGUCGAAUGUCCGGCUCGGGUGGCUCCAGCUAACGGAGCGCUGAGUCCUGUCGGAGCGAACUUCUACCAGGACUUGGUCACCUUCGCCUGUAACUCGGGAUACGUACUGACCGGCGCUGCUGCUGCGACCUGCCAAGCUGACGGAACAUGGAGUAACCCUGCUCCAACAUGCACACCGGUCGAAUGUCCGACUCGGGCGGCCCCAGCUAACGGAGCGGUGAGUCCUACCGGAGCGGUCUCCUACCCGAACGGGGUCACCUUCACCUGUAACACGGGACACGUACUGAACGGCGCUGCUGCUGCGACCUGCCAAGCUGACGGAACAUGGAGUAACCCUGCUCCAACAUGCACACCGGUCGAAUGUCCGGCUCGGGCGUCCCCAGCUAACGGAGCGGUGAGUCCUACCGGAGCGGUCUCCUACCCGAACGGGAUCACCUUCACCUGUAACUCGGGAUACGUACUGAAGGGAGCUGCUGCUUCGACAUGCCAAGCUGACGGAACAUGGAGUAAUCCUGCUCCAACAUGCACACGUAAGAUGUCGGUCGAAUGUCCGGCUCUGACUGCCCCAGCUAACGGAGCGGUGAGUCCUACCGGAGCGGUCUCCUACCCGAACGGGGCCACCUUCACCUGUAACACGGGAUACGUACUGAGCGGCGCUGCUACUUCGACCUGCCAAGCUGACGGAACGUGGAGUAACCCUGCUCCAACAUGCACACGUAAGAUGACGGUCCAAUGUCCGGCUCGGGCGGUCCCAGCUAACGGAGCGGUGAGUCCUACCGGAGCGGUCUCCUACCCGAACGGGGUCACCUUCACCUGUAACUUGGGAUACGUACUGAACGGUGCUGCUGCUGCAACGUGCCAAGCUGACGGAACAUGGAGUAACCCUGUUCCAGCAUGCACACGUAAGAUGUCGGUCGAAUGUCCGGCUCGGGCGGCCCCAGCUAACGGAGCGGUGAGUCCUACAGGAGCGGUCUCCUACCCGAACGGGGUCACCUUCACCUGUAACUCGGGAUACGUACUGACCGGCGCUGCUGCUGCGACCUGCCAAGCUGACGGAACGUGGAGUAACCCUGCUCCAACAUGCACACCGGUCGAAUGUCCGGUUCGGGCGGCCCCAGCUAACGGAGCGGUGAGUCCUACCGGAGCGAACUUCUACCAGGACGUGGUCACCUUCACCUGUAACCCGGGAUACGAACUGAACGGCGCUGCUGCUGCGACCUGCCAAGCUGACGGAACAUGGAGUCAUCCUGUUCCAACAUGCGAGAUUCCUACAACCUGGACAACCCCGUUGUGGACCGGCACCCCACUCAGCGCCAGCUCCUGUGGAAAUCAAACUGUUUUCAACAGUGAUUCCGGCAGCUUUACCUCCCCGAACUGGCCGGGUCCCUAUCCCCUGUCCGCCAACUGCACCUGGCAGAUCAACGUCAGCCCGGGAAACGUGGUGAUGAUACGCACCACCACCCCACCGGCCGCACUUAGCCGUGCACCCAGCACCCUGGUCGUGAUGCCCCAGUUUGACGACUUUAACCUGGAGCAUGGCGGCAGGACGUGUAUAUGGGACAGUCUGCGCAUCCACGACGGACCAGACAUCUCCUCUCCGGUUAUAGCGACUCUCUGUGGUUCCUCUGUUGAUCCCGUCAUGACAUCGGGAAGUUCUGCCUUCGUGGUCUUUCACAGCGACGAGUCGAUUACUGAUUCGGGAUUUUUCGCCACCUUCACUGCCUACAACGAGCCUCUCCGAACAACACAAGCCAGCACCACUGUAGGUACCACUGAAUUCACUGUUGUGGCAACUACACCGACUGUGUCAUGCGACAACCCUACUGUACUGAAUGGGACUUUUGGCAGCUUUACUUCACCAGGUUACCCAGGAAACUACCCUAACAACGCUUACUGUACUUGGCAGAUAUCUGUCAAUAUGAGUGACGUUGUUGCCAUACGAUUUACAGCGUUCCACCUGGAGAAUAGCAAUGGCUGUUACUAUGACUCCCUCGUUGUGCGUGAUGGUCCAGACGCUACUGCUCCUGUGCUUGCCACCCUUUGUGGUUCGUCAGCUAGAACAGUCACCACCACUGGGAACAGCGCCUUUCUAGUCUUUACCAGUGAUGGUUCAGUGACGAGGUCCGGAUUUUUUGCUACCUUUUCUGCUGAGGAUAUCCCACCAACACCACAAGCCAGAACCACAGUAGGUACCACUGAAGUUGUGGCAACUACACCGACUGUGCAAUGCGACAACCCUACUGUACUCAAUGGGAAUUUCGGCAGCUUUACUUCACCAGGUUACCCAGGACACUACCCUAACAACGCUUACUGUACUUGGCAGAUAUAUGUCAAUAUGAGUGACGUUGUUGCCAUCCGAUUUACGCACUUCAACCUGGAGUAUGACUCAACCUGUUACUUUGACUCCCUCGUUGUGCAUGAUGGUCCAGACGCUACUGCUCCUGAGAUUGCCACCCUUUGCGGUUUAUCGGCAAGUGACGUCUUCACAACUGGGAACAGCGCCUUUCUAGUCUUUACCAGUGAUGGUUCAGUGACUGGUUCUGGAUUUUUUGCUACCUUUACUGCUGAGGAUACCCCACCAACACCACAAGCCAGUUCCACCGUAGGUACCACUAAACGUGUGGCAACUACAGAGACUGUGUCAUGUGGCAACCCGACUGUACUGAAUGGGAACUCUGGCAGCUUUACUUCUCCGGGUUACCCAGGAAACUACCCUAACAACGCUUACUGUACUUGGCAGAUAUCUGUCAAUAUGAGUGACGUUGUUGCCAUCCGAUUUACAGCGUUCAACCUGGAGUAUGAAUACUUCUGUGCCUAUGACUCCCUCGUUGUGCAUGAUGGUCCAGACGCUACUACUCCUGUGCUUGCCACCCUUUGUGGUUGGUCAGCUAGAACAGUCACCACCACUGGGAACAGCGCCUUUCUGGUGUUUACCAGUGAUUAUUCAAUGACUUAUUCCGGAUUUUUCGCCACCUUUACUGCUGAGGAUCCCCCAUCAACAUGUUCCCCUGAAAUGUUUACAUGUUCAAAUGGAGACUGUGUCGACCUGAACCGUACUUGUGACGGCAUCAGGGACUGCCCUGAUGGAAGUGAUGAACACGAUUGCGAAACUUUGUGCGACCGUAGUUGA